UCGCUCCACGCAGUGCCCAGUGCGGGGACAUGAGUGUUCCUGAGCCACCGCCUCCGGACGGGGUCCUUACGGGGCCCUCUGACAGCCUGGUGGCCGGCGAGCCCACGCCGGGCUUAAGUGAUAUGUCUCCAGAUGAAGGACUGAUAGAGGACUUCGCUGUGGAGGACAGAGCUGUAGAGCACCUGGUGGGAGGCCUGCUGUCCCACUACUUACCAGAUCUGCAGAGGUCCAAGCGAGCGCUCCAGGAACUCACACAGAACCAAGUUGUGUUACUAGAUACACUGGAACAAGAGAUUUCAAAGUUUAAAGAAUGCCACUCCAUGUUGGACAUCAAUGCUUUGUUCACAGAAGCGAAGCACUAUCAUGCCAAGCUGGUGAACAUACGGAAAGAGAUGCUGAUGCUCCAUGAGAAAACCUCAAAGCUGAAAAAGAGAGCACUGAAGCUGCAGCAGAAGAGGCAGAGAGAAGAGCUGGAGAGGGAACAGCAGCGCGAGAGGGAAUUUGAAAGAGAAAAGCAGCUGACAGCCAAGCCAGCCAAGAGGACAUGAGGAGCCUGCUUUCAGGUUCCUGUCCCACCAUGCUUCCUGGAUCUCCAGUGCUGUACACAAGGAGCGAGGUGUGGAUGGCGCCCUAUGCUGUGGCAUGUCCUGAAAUCUUUGCCAGGGUUGCUGUGUCUCCAAGACUUCACUCAAGAAGCCUUGUUAAUACUUAAGUUUUCAACUCUUGCUUAACCUUAACAUUUCUUAUUUUGAUCUUAAAUCAUUUGUAAACUGAAAACACUUUGGUUAUUACAAGAGUCUGGAUACUAGUUCAAAAUGAGUAGAAGGUCUGUGCUUCUUAAGAAUCGAUUUUAGUUUCAAUUUCUCCCUUUCUGAGGACAGGCCUUUCCUGCACAGCCACACUGAUGUUUGGGAAUUGCUUUUUAUUGCUUAAAGAGAAAUACCAAUUGUCUGAUCACAAAUCUCCCAGAAAGAGAGCUGCCAAGCUUCUGUGAAGAACAUAGGAAGAGUGUGCACACUGGAAAUACCAGCACCUUAGACGUAGGCUGGGAGUGGAUGCCAGACAGGUUCUUCUAGCCAGUCUCCUCUGUUUUCAGUGUUGCUGCUGAAGUCAAUUUUGGGUUCAGGGCAGGAUUCUAUCCAUUCCUAAAGCAAUGGAGCAAUGGUGGACCUGCCAGAUAGUCAGAGGUGUGUUUGUGUGUGUCUGUCUGUCUGUGUGUGUGUAUGUGUGUGUGAGUGUGUGUGUGUGUCUCUGUGUGUGUGUGUGUCUGUGUGUGUGUGUUUGCAUGUGCAUGCUAAGUCAUCACAAUGUAACAAUGUCUCUGUGCUUUUUUUGGUUUCUCUCUCUCUUUUUUUUCUAGAGACAGACUCUCUAUAAAGCCCUGACUGUCCUGGUAUUCACUGUGGAGACCAGGCUGGCCUCAAACUUAACAAUCUACCUGCCUCUUAUUCCCAAGUGCUGGGAUUAAAGGUGUGCACCGCCAUGCCUUGCUCUGGUUUUUAAGUAGAACAAAAUCUGCUGCUGCUCACAUCAUAUGUGAAUAGUGUACAGAAGAGAGGACAUGACACCUUUACUGUUUUCUAGAACUUUUUUCCUUCUUGUUGCAUGUAGGAACUUACUCUGUAGGGCAAGAUGAAGUCUCAUUGUUUGAAAUCAAGAGUGCAACAGUAUACUUUUCUGUUUUAGUGUUUAAAAGGAAGCUCGUUUCUAGCCCCUACUAUGAGUUAGCAGCAUAAGCUACAAAGGUGUCUGAUUAGAAUGUGCAUCUUUUAUAACUAUACUUUUAGUAAGCUGGAAUUACUACCUCUGAUCACAUACUGGGUGAUAGAGAGAUCAAUAGAGAGACCAUUAAAGAUAACCAGUGCUAAGAACUGUCAGCUUAAAAGCUUAACUGCUUCUUUGAAGGAGCCUUUUCCUUCUUAAUGAAUUGUGGUCCCACAGUCAUUGAUCUUGACUUCUGUUCAAGAAUACAAACAAGUCUAUUCGAAAGGCUGUUACCCUUAGUCACUUGCUAGCACUCCUAGAGCACAAGUCACUAGGACUUGCAGGACAAUGCCAUUACAUUGUAGAAUGUAUUUGUUACAAUAAAAUAUCAGAUAUCUGACGAAGGCUGGAGAUUGCUUUUCAUGCUGACGUUAGACCAGUGUUGUUGGUUGUUUCAAGUGCUCUUCCUAGACACUUCUGGAUACUUCCUCAGUCUCUUAAAGAGAAUCUGUUCUUUGUUUUGCUUAAAGUUUCUGCCAGUGAUUCUGGUGUACCUUAAAGGAUGAGACACUUCUGGGUCUGGUUGCCACUGGCAGGGUUUCCCACACUAAAUAGCAUGUCCUUUUCACCUGGGAACUUGAAGAAAAUGCAGAUAUCCUCAGUUCUUACCCACUAGUUCUGAUGUGGGGCCAUAGAUUUAGAGUGCUCCAGAUUAUUCUGAUGCAAGGAACUGGUGGUUUAGACUAUCCAGUGAUUUACAUUCCUAAGCAAUGGAAUAGUUUCAAAGCUACCCAGUAAUUUGUGGAAUUAAUUUUAAUAAAUAAACUAUUCACUCCUGCUUUUGAUAGAAUCAGAUUUAAAGCUGAACCUUAGCUGGCAGGAAAUUAAGAGUCCUAGUUAAUUAAUUGAACUUUUUGACCUGUAUUAAAAUAAAUCAUGUUUAACGAAUGGAUGGCAACGUGGCACAUAUGUUCUGAGAAUUAUAUUAAGUUUUAAAGACUUUUUUUUUUUUUUUUGAGACAAGGUUUCUCUGUAUAGUCCUGGCUGUCCUGCAAUUUACUCUGUAGACCAGGCUGGCCUCGAACUCAGAAAUCCUCCUGCCUCUGCCUCCCAAGUGCUGGGAUUAAAGGCAUGCCGGUGAGUUUUAAAGACUUUAACAUAUCAAAAAGAUGGACUGGAGAGAAAGCUCAGCAGUUAAGAACACUUACUGCUUUUAGAGAGGACGGGGGUUAUAUUCCCAGCACCCACAUGGUGGCUCACAACCAUCUGUACCUCCAGUUCCAGGGGAUCCAGUCCCCUCAUCUGGCCUCUGUAGCAUCAGACACAGAUGCGGUGCACCUACUCACAUGUAGACAAAGCACUCACCCACAUAAUAGAGAAAUAAAUCUAUAAAAUAUUCAUCAUUACCUACCACUUGGAGGUCAGAGGUCAAUCAGAAACACCAUAGGUGAUAAAACCCUAAAAUUUUAGCUGUAUUUCAGUAACAUGGAAGCAGAAUAACCAAACAUGUACCCUUAUAAUAGUCUUGCUGUGUUUUUCAACAAAUAGAAAUUGGUCGAAAGAAAAGUUGCCUUUGUUUUGAAAUAAUAUCAGCUAUAUAUGGUGCUGACACAUAGGGUGUUCAUUUUGAGCUGGCUUUGUCAUGAAUAUCAUGUAAAUGUGCAGACAUUGAAUGUAAUAGACAUGUGACCACAGUGAAUUUUGGUGUGGAUUCAGUUCACCAGUACCAAUUGUAUGCCCAAACACCUUUGUCUGAUUUUGAUUUUAUAAGUGAAAGCUACUUUUAUGAACCUAAUAAAAAUGUCAGAAUCACCCAGUA